AUGGCACUUUCAAAACAAGAAGAAGGUUUAAAUGCUUUGGAGAAUGCUAAAGAUAUUCAAAAUAAGUUUGAUAAAAAAGGUAAAGAUAUUCAAAAUCGACUGUUGGACGUUAUAAAACGUGAAGAAAAUAUUGUUUUGGAAGAAACUAAAAUAGCCAAGGAAAAAGAUGCGUUUAGCAAAUUACGAAAAAAACUUGAUUUGGUUCUACCUCAAUUGUCUGGAGAUGAAAUGCGUUUUUUAGAUCCUAAGUUGAAUAAACAUGAAGCUGAAAAGGAAGUAUACUUCAAGACAACUCAAUUAUACUAA